AUGACAGCCAGAUCGGACUUCGCCAUCCUCCAAGCAGCGCAAAGCAGCCUGCAGUCGGCGGACGACCUAUUCCGCCGCAUCAUCGCGGCGCAGCAGCUCGGCCGGAGCUCCAACGAGCUUUGCUCGGUCGCUAAUGGAACCAUAACCGAGUUCAAACGCUUGCUCUCAUUGCUCGAUGGCUCGCCGCCGCCGCGUAAGAGGAUAAGGAAGGGCCCGUUGCUGAACACGACCGAGAUCGAUCCUACCCAGUUCAUGGAACGUCGAGCUUUUUGUUCUACUGUGCCAAGCAAUGGCCUCGAGCAGAAGCGUAACCGCGAAGCAGACGUCAAGAAUCUAUGCACGCAGUCGACUGGCGUUCUCGAGCAGAGACUGAUGCCCUCUAUUAGGAGGCCGAUCUAUUAUUCUUCGAUCAGUUUGAAUGGUGGUAACAACAUGGCCAAGCAACUAUGGAGCUACUGCUGCUCUUCCUCUCCGACUCGGGGGUCGAUCAACUGUUCUUCUCUUCUCUCCUACAGGAGGCAGCAUGGAAGUGGGGAGGGUGCCAUUGCAGGGUGCCAUUGCUCGAAAGGAAGGAAAGAUCGAAUCAGAAGAACAAUCAAAGUGCCGGUUGUGGGCGGUAAAGUAGCAGACGUACCUUGUGAUGAUUUCUCAUGGAGGAAGUACGGGCAAAAGCCCAUCAAAGGUUCUCCACACCCACGGAGCUACUACAAGUGCAGCAGCAUGAGGGAGUGCCCCGCCAGGAAACAUGUAGAGCGGUGCCUCGACGAUGCAAACAUGUUGAUUGUGACAUACGAAGGCUACCACAGUCACCCGAGGAGUGCGUUAGCUGCAUCUGCCGUGGCUGUUCCUCGAUAG